CUGCUGUACGCCACCACUCCACCUUUUGACAGUGUGUUCGAGAAUUCAGAGCAGAAGCCCCAAAGAACCAAGCCAAUCUCAUCUCUCUUCUUGGUGACAAAGACCUUCUACUCUCUCAGCUGGUGCCCUGAUUGUGUGAGAGCAGAACCUGUAAUCUACAAAAAGCUGGAAGCUACAGCUGAUGAUGUUGCACUUCUGAGAGCAUAUGUCGGAGAUAGACCAACAUGGAGGAAUCCGGUGCACCCGUGGAGAGUAGACUCAAGGUUUAAGCUGACUGGAGUUCCAACACUAUUCCGCUGGGAAAAUGAUGCGAUCAAGGGUCGCCUUGAAGACCAUGAAGCGCAUGUUGAAAGCAAAAUCGAUGCACUUGUUGCUGGAAAUUAA